UCGCGUUAACGUUAACGUUCAUAUUGCAAUGGUUUCUGCCGGAGCAUUUUUCGUCUCGCGAGUCUCAUGAAUAUUAUUACCUAUAUGUAUGCCUAAGGUGUAGAUGGCAUUGCCGAGGUGCUCAUUGUGACUGUUUCAUUUACGUUAGAUCAUUUUGUUCAUCCAUCAACCUCACUAUAUUUUUUUCACAAUGACGAAUAAUGCGUAUCUUUGUAUGUUUUAGGACAAAUUAAUCCAUACGUGGUUCUUAUCGGCGGAUUUCCAACUAUUCCUGGUCUCGCUUGUGACAUUACUGACUUUCAGAGGACGGAAGCGUGCGGCUCUGGCAGCUUUAGCCGUGCUUUCUCUCCUAGGCUGCGCCAUUGCAACAUGGACCGUGGCCAGACUGCGUCUGUCCCCAUUCGCUAUUCUUCCAUUCCCGCACUUCUCGCGAUUGAUGAGCACCUUAAACGCAUACUACGUCCUACCUUUUUAUCACGCUGUAUGCUACUUUAGCGGCUGUAUGACAACUCUCAUCGUAGCGGACUUCGGGGAACUCAAGAUUUCCAAGACUCUUCAGCUGGCUGGCUGGUGUACAUCUGUUUCUUGCGGCCUAUUCUGCGUUUUCGUGAAGUUUAUUUGGUUCUCGAGCCACAACCCCGAAUCGGAAGGCGCGGAGGUGUUUCUGGCAUUCUUCGACAGGAUACUGUGGUCUUUCUUUCUUGCCUGGAUUAUACUAAUGUGUGCUACGGGCCGAGAAGGAACUCUGAACAAGUUAUUGUCCUGGAAAGCAUUUGUCCCAUUGAGCAGGCUUUCGUACGGCGUGUACCUGAUCCACUGGCCGUUUCUGGCACUCAUGCUGCACUCAUCCAGAGAACGAAUCUACUGGUCGGUAUUUAAUCAGUUGACGCUCUCCUUUGCCGUACUUGUGUGGUCUUUCCUGCUGUCGUACGUGGCCUUCAUCGCAUGCGAGGCGCCAACCGGAGCACUCGAGAAGCUGCUUUUCAGGAGGUGGAUCGCAGAUGGCGGCGCCCGGAAGCAACAACAUCAAGAAUAGAUAUGUGGUGGUUACGUGAAAGAAAGAACAGUGGUAGAGAAGGGGACAAAAUUUCACCAUGGUAACCAGCCACUGGCUACCAGCCUUGUCAUCCUAAGCAAACCGGUACUUUUAAGACCACCAAAGCUAAGUAGUAUUGGGCUCGGUCCGAUUAAAUUUGGAAUAAUCUACAGCAAUAAAUGCUAACAAGCAA